AUGGCAGCCGCUACAGCGAGUACGGCAACACGCCAGCUGCCGUUCCGUGUCGGUGGGAAGAAAAUCUUCCUGCCGAACCACGUCGUCGCAUUCGUCCGACCCAAGCCCCGACAGCCCCCCAACUUCGCCACGUUCAUAGUGCCGCUACAGUUCAACAAGCUUGAUUUCAGAGACUACCUAUACCACGUGUACAACGUCGAGGUGAACGCCGUGCGCUCCUUCAUCAAUGAGCAGGCACCGCAGAGGCGGCACAACGGCGAGGGCCGCUGGUACCGCCCGCGCUCACAGAAGAUGAUGAUGGUCGAGCUGGUCAAGCCGUUUGUCUGGCCCGACGUGCCCAGCGACCUCAGCCCCUGGGACAAGUCGUUCUUCGACGCGGAGAAGACGGUGCGCGAGCAAGAGUGGGACGAGAGGACGAGGUGGACAGAGGGCCAUCCGCGGUCAUCGUAUGAGCUGCAGAAGAUGGGCCGCCACACUCAGCCGAAGGAGCUCUAUCAACAGGCGCAGGAGCUGCUCGAGGGCAAGCGGAAGUGGGCGAGCUCGGCUACGUUAGAUGAGAAAUGGAUCGAGGUGGAGCAGGAUGUCGAUGUUGUCAAGGAGAGCAAGUCGCAGGAAGGUGUCGACGCAUCAUCAGAGACUAAGUCGCAAUAG